AUGUCCUUCGAAUCCACCCUUUUGCUGAGGCAGUUGGCAGCCAUCCCAGGAGCCCCUGAUGCUGACCAGGCAGGCCCCUCACAGCAGUCAGUGGAGGGAUGGAGGGAGGGUGGCUUGGCACUUUCAGUGGACAGGAAGCAGCUGUCAUCCCUUGCUAGCCGGCUGGGCUUCUUACAGGAGGAGAGGACCUUUGUAAAACGAAAAUCCCGAGGGAUCCCAGAGACCCAAGAGGUGAGCGAGGUCUGCACCACCCCUGGCUGCGUGAUGGCAGCCGCCAGGAUCCUCCAGAACAUGGACCCGACCACGGAACCAUGUAACGACUUCUACCAGUUUGCGUGCGGAGGCUGGCUGCGGCGUCACGUGAUCCCCGAGACCAACUCAAGAUACAGCAUCUUUGACGUCCUCCGCGAUGAGCUGGAGGUCAUCCUCAAAGCGGUGCUGGAGAAUUCGACUGCCAAGGACCGGCCGGCUGUGGAGAAGGCCAGGACGCUGUACCGCUCCUGCAUGAAUCAGAGCGUGAUAGAGAAGCGAGGCUCUCAGCCCCUGCUGGACAUCUUGGAGGUGGUGGGAGGCUGGCCGGUGGCCAUGGACAAGUGGAACGAGACUGUAGGACUCAAGUGGGAGCUGGAGCGGCAGCUGGCACUGAUGAACUCACAGUUCAACAGGCGCGUCCUCAUCGACCUCUUCAUCUGGAACGAUGACCAGAACUCCAGCCGGCACAUCAUCUACAUAGACCAGCCCACCUUGGGCAUGCCCUCCCGAGAGUACUACUUCAACGGUGGCAGCAACCGGAAGGUGCGGGAAGCCUACCUGCAGUUCAUGGUGUCAGUGGCUACGAUGCUGCGGGAGGACGUAAACCUGCCCAGGGACAGCCACCUGGUGCAGGAGGACAUGGCACAGGUACUGGAGCUGGAGACGCAGCUGGCCAAGGCCACGGUCCCCCAGGAGGAGAGGCACGACGUCAUCGCCCUGUACCACCGGAUGGGCCUGGAGGAGCUGCAAAGUCAGUUUGACCUGAAGGGAUUUAACUGGACUCUGUUCAUACAAACUGUGCUAUCCUCUGUCAAAAUCAAGCUGCUACCAGAUGAGGAAGUGGUGGUCUACGGCAUCCCCUACCUGCAGAACCUUGAAAACAUCAUCGACACCUACUCAGCCAGGACCAUACAGAACUACCUGGUCUGGCGUCUGGUGCUGGACCGCAUUGGCAGCCUAAGCCAGAGAUUCAAGGACACACGAGUGAACUACCGCAAGGCACUGUUCGGCACGAUGGUGGAGGAGGUACGCUGGCGUGAGUGUGUGGGCUACGUCAACAGCAAUAUGGAGAACGCCGUGGGCUCCCUCUACGUCAGGGAGGCGUUCCCUGGAGACAGCAAGAGCAUGGUCAGAGAACUCAUUCACAAGGUGCGGGCAGUGUUUGUGGAGACGCUGGACGAGCUGGGCUGGAUGGACGAGGAGUCCAAGAAGAAGGCGCAGGAGAAGGCCAUGAGCAUCCGGGAGCAGAUCGGCCACCCUGACUACAUCCUGGAGGAGACGGACAGGCGCCUGGACGAGGAGUACUCCAAUCUGAACUUCUCAGAGGACCUGUACUUUGAGAACAGUCUGCAGAACCUCAAGGUGGGCGCCCAGCGGAGCCUCAGGAAGCUUCGGGAAAAGGUGGACCCAAAUCUCUGGAUCAUCGGGGCGGCGGUGGUCAAUGCGUUCUACUCCCCAAACAGAAACCAGAUUGUGUUCCCUGCUGGGAUCCUCCAGCCCCCCUUCUUCAGCAAGGAGCAGCCCCAAGCCUUGAACUUCGGAGGCAUUGGGAUGGUGAUCGGGCACGAGAUCACGCAUGGCUUUGACGACAAUGGCCGGAACUUCGACAAGAACGGCAACAUGAUGGAUUGGUGGAGUAACUUCUCCACCCAGCACUUCCGGGAGCAGUCACAGUGCAUGAUCUACCAGUACAGCAACUACUCCUGGGACCUGGCGGACGAACAGAACGUGAACGGAUUCAACACCCUUGGGGAAAACAUUGCCGACAACGGAGGGGUGCGACAAGCCUACAAGGCCUACCUCAAGUGGAUGGCAGAAGGUGGCAAGGACCAGCAGCUGCCCGGCCUGGAUCUCACCCAUGAGCAACUCUUCUUCAUCAGCUAUGCCCAGGUGUGGUGUGGGUCCUACCGGCCCGAGUUCGCCAUCCAAUCUAUCAAGACAGACGUCCACAGUCCCCUGAAGUACAGGGUACUGGGGUCACUGCAGAACCUGGCCGCCUUUGCAGACACGUUCCACUGUGCCCAGGGCACCCCCAUGCACCCCAAGGAGCGAUGCCGUGUGUGGUAGCCAAGGCCCCGCCACGCUGCGCGGCCCACGCCCACCAGCUGCUCCGAGGCAUCUGUGCGGAGAAGGUGCAGCCAGCGGCGACCCAGCAUGUGCCCCGGCCCAGCCGACCAUGCCAAGCCUGCCUGCCAGGCCUCCGCACCUGGCCUAGGGUGCAGCCACCUGCCCGACACCCAGGGAUGAGCAGUGUCCAGUGCAGUACCUGGCCCAGAGUCCCCUCUACGGACACCCGCGGGGCUCAGCGCCCCCGUCACAGCCCUAUAGAGACGAUCAACUGUGUCCUGCCCACCCUCCAAGGUGCAUUGUCUUCCAAUAUCUACAGCUUCAGACUUGAGCUAAGUAAAUGCUUCAAAGAAA